GAAACUCUAUACGCGGUCCAAUGCUUGAGCCUGGCCCAUGAACCACGCCCCCAGAUUUACCAUAGGUACCGCGCGUCGAUGCGAGCCGAAUCCCUCACAGCAAGAAACCUAGCGCCAGGCCCACCGAAAUCGGCUGCCGGAACCCCGGAGAAGCUAAUGCGAUCACCUUCACCGCUAUCCGAACAAAUUCCUGCCGCUCCGCUCUUACAGAAGGGAUCCAAGAUCAAUCAUAAAGGGACACACCAGCAAGCACGGAAAAUUGGCGUAAGGAUCAGGAAGAAACGCGGCCUAGGGAAUCGUAAAGAUCUGAUAGAAACAGAAAUGAUAAAGAAAAUCAAGGGAAAGAUGAAAGAAGUUCAACAGUCCAACGAACAUCAUAAGCUAUUGUUGGAUGGCGCCGGUUCGCGGAACGAACGUCCGACAUCAUUAUUGGGAGGCGAUGGUUCGCGAGAAGCGCUUCAGAGAUCUCCAUUGGAUCGCGAUAGCUCGCAGGAAGCGCCCCAUGGAUCUUUAUCUGGUCGUGAUGGCUCGCGGGAAUCGCUUCAGAGAUCUUUAUUGGGUGGCGUUGGAUCACGGUCAGUCAGGUUUGUAGGAGAAAGCUCGACGGCGUUGCAAGGGAUCGCGAGAUCCCAAUGGCGAGCCGCUGCGACCAGAAUCAAGGCAAUCCAGGCUUUCACAGAAGACGGUUCAGGCAGAAAGAUAAUGCAAAAGGUCGGGCAAGUUUUGGGAGAAGCUGAACAUGUCAGUCUAAGCACGGCAGACAGGGUAGCGACAUUGCUCGAUUUUUUCGCCCGAAAGAUCGGGCACGUGUUUGAAAUUCUGGAGAUAGAGGAAAUCCUAGAACGAGGUGAAUUGUGGGCACUUUGGUGUGUAGCAAGGGCGAUCUCAGAAGGCGGUGAAAUCCUAAAAUUUGAUUAA